CCAACAUCGGUACAUGCAAUAUUUGAUUUUAAAGCAUCUUUCUUUCUCAGAUUGGGUCCUUGGUCCCUGAGAUGUCCACAAGGACUGCCUUCCUUUAUGUAUCCAUGUUGACCCCAUAACAUCCCCUCAUGUGAUUUCUCCAUUCCUAAGGCACCCCUUCCCUCAAAUUGGGACCUACUGCUCCUGAGACCUUUGUUUUGGGUCCCCCACUUCUAGGGAACUUCAUCUUCAGAGAUCAGGUGGGGACCCCAGACCAAAUAGCACAGGCUGGGUCUGUGAGGUGGCUGUCCAGGGGAGGUUAGGGACCCUUCCUACCCAGGGAAGGCCUUCAUGACUCCAGAUGUACCCUGGCCCAGCAGCACUUGCGAGGGGCAGGUGAUGUGGGUGGAUCCCCUUCCCCAGAACACCCUUUGCCCCCAAUUUGGGUCAGAAACUCAAGAGUAGCUGUAUAACAGAGAAAAACAAUCUCUGAUCUGGGCAAGGUAGGUGACACCUUUCUAGGGACCCAUCAGGCCUACAGCCCAAAUUGCCCCUUCCUGGAGCAGUGGGAGUAGAACAGAGUAAGUGAAUGAAACUAGCUUGAGUCUUCUUCCCACAGCUGCAGUUGAGGAAGAAAAGCAGCUGGGACUGGCUGAGUGGGUAGUUGCAUGGCAAGCCAGGCUACAUCAAGAGGGCUGGGGAGGAAACUACUGCAUCACAUGCUUGUCAUCUGGGUGUAAGCUGUUCUCCAGCCAUCAUAGACACUGCCAAGCUGUGCACAGAAAUUCAAAUGACGCCCCCGCAUGUGGAUAUGGAAAACUCCUAUCUUUGUGGGUACUUGAAGAUUAAAGGCCUUACAGAGGAAUACCCAACCCUUACUACUUUCUUUGAAGGGGAAAUAAUCAGUAAAAAGCACCCCUUCUUAACACGGAAAUGGGAUGCAGAUGAAGACGUCGAUCGUAAACACUGGGGGAAAUUCCAGGCCUUUUAUCAGUAUGCGAAAACAUUUAACUCAGAUGAUUUUGAUUAUGAGGAUUUGAAGAACGGGGACUAUGUCUUCAUGAGGUGGAAGGAGCAGUUCCUUGUUCCCGAUCACACGAUCAAAGACAUCAGUGGGGCUUCCUUUGCUGGGUUUUAUUACAUCUGCUUCCAGAAGUCGGCAGCAUCUAUAGAGGGCUAUUACUACCACAGGAGUUCAGAAUGGUAUCAGUCUCUGAACCUAACUCAUGUCCCUGAGCACAGUGCACCCAUUUACGAGUUUCGAUGAUGGGCUGACGGAAUGAUGCCAAGAGAAAACAACCCGGGCAAGAGAGAGCGUGAGCUGCCAGGAGAGCUGUGUCCCUGUCGGAGCUGGGGGGAGGGGAAGGGACGGGACACGCGCUUCUCUUCUGUCCAUCGGACUUGUGAAAGAAAGCAUGAAUGUCAGCCCAGCCGACCCAAGGAGCGUGGCUGCAGGAGCUGGCGUCUCCUUCCUGUGGCAAUUUGAUCUUUAAUCUGGUUUUAAAGCUACCUUUAAAUGCACUUUCUUUUUGCACAGCUAGUUUCUUUAUCACUGAAAUGCCCUCCCCGCCCCCAUCCUCUUCUGGAAGUUUAGUCCUAGCUGGAAUCAACACCAUGCCCUCUGAGUAAUAAGAAAACAUAAGCUCAGCACUUAUGGUUUCGUGUUACAUCCCAGUUGAAAUACAAAGAACUGCGGCCGUUCACGUUUGUCGCUCUGACAGCUCUGCUGCUUCUUGAGCCUGGGCGUGUCAAUGCAUUAGUAAGGCUUUUCCUAGCAGAGAGAACUGCUGAUCUGCAGAGUCCAUUACAGCAGCAUUUGGCUGAGACAGACAAGUCUUGAAGGCCUAAUGAAUCUUCAGCUCCUACUGGCUAAUGAGGUUAGCCAGAGCUGCAGAUCUCUCAGGAACGCUAGCCACUUCUGAGCUGCAAGCUGUUCCUUUGUCUGGAUAUGCCAGGGGGAAUGGAUUAAAGGCAAAGACUUCCAGGUCCUCAGUAGAAGUGGAUCUGAGCUCUGCUUACUAAAUGUAUAUUUGCUCUUUACUUAAGGGUGAAACAAUAAAAAAGACUUUUAAUACAUAUUUUUAUGGUUCCUUUUCCCAAGGACCCUAUGGCAAAUGCACAAUUAUUCAGAAUUACAUUUUACUGUUUUCACAUUGAAAACGGUGAAUGUCUAUGUUAGUUUUUAUAUAUAUAUAUAUGUAUGUAAUCAACCAGCAGCUUUGGAAAAAUCAUCCUGGUACAAGUGUUCAGCAGCACUGCAGAAAUGCUAUUGAGCUGCUUAGCAUUUGUGCCUUCUCUUCAUGCUAUAUACCAACAUCACUGCUUGAUUCCGUUAUGCCAGGCAAAAACAGUGGCUGUCCUACAACUUUGAAAUGUUCAAAUGAAAUAACUUAAGGCUUGUGUGCCAAAGUGUGCGCGUGUAUGUGUGUGGGGAGGGUUUUUUUAAAAAAAGUUGGCAUCAGUUGUGUAUUUAAAUAUGACACUCUUUGUGUGCAGGGCUUUUGUGAGACAACUUAACUUGCUUUUUUUGGACAGUUUUUUUUAAAGCUAUUAAGAAAAGGGAGAUUUGUACCAACAGAGCACAUCAGUUUUUAAGAAUGUUUGUCACUUGCAAUCAAAAAGCAAAGCCCUUCACUUACUGAGUGCUGAGUUGUUGAACUAAUUUUUCCUUUUCACAGUGUCCAUAUUGUAUCUUGCAGAGGCUGAUCUGAUCUGUAAGUUUAAUGGGAAAGCAUUCAGGUCUCAGUGGGCUCACUUCAUGUAUUCCACAUUGAGAACUUGGUUUAUUUUGUUUAAGAAAAUGAACCGGUUUGAUCUGCUCGGUGACACAGCUUUCAAAGUUUUGUCCUGUGGCCCUGUUUCUCCUAGCUGUCCCCUAUCUUUCAAACAAAUUUGGGAAAAGUUGCCUGAUCAGGCAAGGAGUAAGUUUCCAUCUUAAGGUUUAGAUGAGACCAUCUGGUAUAUUGAAAAAGGUGAAGGAUGAAGGAACUUAAGUUCUUGUUGGUCUUGAUUAAUAGCAAUGAUGGAGUUAACAAAUGGUUUGAAGAUGCCAAAAUGAUCUCACACCAGCUAGAGGACAGAGUAGGCAAGAGGUGUUUUAUCUAGGUCUACUGUUCUGAUGAUGCAGUGAUAAGACACCUUGACAGUACAGGGGUUGCUGGCUCACUCCUGUGUACUGGGUGGGGUUUGUCCUAUGUCAGAGAAGGCUGUUCUGGCCACAGGGUAUGAAUGGACCAUUUUUGUCUGUUUGCCGAACUAAAACUGAUCAGGCUCAUCUGCGGUAAUGUAACAAACAUUAUAUUUGCAAAUACUUGUAAUCUGUUAGUAGUUCUGUGCCUGCAGAGCUGUGUGAAAUGCUGUCACUGAUGUCUGAACUAGCAUUGUGACAAUUAUGGUUAGGCUUUAACUUUCUAAACAUUGUGGUGGCCACAUGCAGAAACCAGGUUGCAGGUCUCAGGUGUCAUCUAAUAAUUGGGAAACUCUCUUAAUGUGUUAUCUAAACCACUGAGACUUGAUGUUUUAGAGGGGGGAUUUGGGAUGGAAGGAGCUCCUUUUCCCCUCACAUAAAGCAUAUUUCAGCUGAAAUCCAAAAGUUGCAAAGGAGUGAAAAUGUUUUAAGGAAUUGUCUUACAUUCAGAAAAGUAGAAGCGUUUAUUCUUUAAGGCCUUGAUUUGCUUGUUUUUUUUUUCUUCUGAAACUGUUUAAGCUAAGAGGAAAUGCUCUUAACUAUGUUGCAUUGUGAUGAAAGAAAGCUAACCGGUAAGACCUCUUGGGGAGAGCAAGUGGGAGGCUGGAUUUGAUGUCUUGUGAAAGGCUUUUUUUAAACUAACUUGGGUGCAGAGUAUGAACAUAUUUAUGAUCAGUUGUGGAAAAGGGACUGGAAGAAGUAUUUUGCAGAGCUAUCAACGUCCAAAUUAAAAAGAAAUGUAUUUUAAGGA